AUGUCGACUCCAAUUCCUACCACUCCGAAGGGGCCUCGCAAUCCUCGCCGUAACCGUAAACCUUCCAAGAUUACACCUCUCGCCAACAAUACACACCGUAGCGACUCUCCGAACGGUUUCAUCCCCCCCAAACCUCGUUCAAGCCCCCCAAGCCCCAGUACCGAGGAAGCUUUCAGUAAUACUCUCUCUGAAGGUGCAUCGCAGAAGAGGAAGAGCCGGUUUGGGAAAAAGAAUAGCCAAAAUAACCAAAAUAGCCAAAAUUCGAAACCAUCCCCGGCAGUCAAUGGGACUGGCCACAGCCACCGCCAUUCAGCAUCGCAACCGAACAUAUUAUCUUCUCUCCCCGAUGGCUCUCAUUACGCUGGACCGACUUUCCAUGCGUCUCCCGCCCCCUCAGCUCUGCCAAUACCCACUUUUUUCUCCAAAUCCGUUCCAGAUACGGAAAGCCCUGAUUCACUCGACGAUGAUUCGGAGGAUACAAGCCCCCAAGAAGCCACGCCAGCAAAAUCAAAAGCAGUCGUACCUACUCCAGAAAAUGCAGUAGAGAACCCCUCACCGCUGGAAUUCCUCUUUAAAUCCGCAAAAGGUGCGAAAGUGACGAAUAGAUUCGGCAGCGGAGAGCCCACGCCUGGGAGACCGUCGCAAGCGCAGCCAAACGUUACAGCGCGGGCAACCCUCCAUCGAUCAGAAAGGAGUCCCGGGGGAAUCUUUCCUAUUGAGCUGGAAUCUCCCGAUAGUCGCAGAAUAGUAAUCGGGCCGUCUUUCGCCACUCCCUACAAGGAUCGAAUCAAUGCUCUUCGAUCAGCCAGCUCCCCUUCAAGGUCGAAUGAAAGUUUGCCACUCGACGAGGACCAGAGAAAGGCCAAAACUGAAGCGCUAAAGAAUUUGCUAUUGAAUCCUCAACCACAACGUCCAUCCUCUGCAUCGCCUAAGGUGUACAAAGACUCAAACAUCUUCAGUUCCAAAGGUUGGGUUCCUGGUAACGCCACGCCUCUUUCUCGACAUGCAUCUGGUCCGUCAACUCCAAUUCCGUUUGGUGGUCAUAAUGGCUCUCCUAAAGGUUCCAGUCUGGGAAGCGGCAGCAUUGCACACCAGUACUUGUCGUCCGUCUACAACGGUUCUCAAGCAACUCGAACUCCAUCUUCCAACCUUCGUCGAGAACUUUCUUCUACUAGCCCUAUCAACAGCACCCCAUUUUCAACGGAACGCAGCCCUUCAUCUUCUCAAAACAAUCUGAAGCGCUCUCAGACCGUCGUAAAUCUUGCAUCUCCUUCUCCAAACAGAACCCUCUCAUGCUUUAAUUCCGACGUGUCUUCUUUACGUCUAAAUUCUCCUAGAACCAACCCUGUCGACCCCAGGCAGAUGGAAGCUGAUUUACGCCGCAUUUUGAAGCUCGAUUCUAAUCAUAGUUGA